CUCCAAUCCAAACCCCCUAGAAUUGUCGAACUCAUAUUUUAUCUAGGUCAAGGUCGUGGUCAAGGCUAUUAGAAAAUUUGAUGUUUGAACUGUCACUUUAUUUAUUUAUAUUCACAUAACCUUUAUGACAACAAAUUCCUGUUUUGCAGUUUUCCUAAUUUUUCAUUAUAUGUUUUAAAACAACGUUGAUACGGAAAAACGAAUAUGUCAAUACCGUUGUCCUAUGUUCCCCUAAAUUCAUCAGUAAAUCCUAGUUUUUGGAGCAAAUUAUCUGAAUUAAAAAUUGAUGUUUACAAAUCAAAUGAAAUUGAUGUUGUUAUAUGGGGGUAUUCAAGACUAAUAGAAAAUGCUAAUCUUCCAACGAGUCUAUUAGAAGUGGAUAGCACAUCAUUUAACAAGGAAUUUUCUGACCAAGAAACAUAUAUACCAUUUUAUGGAAAAUUCAUAAACACAAAUACCAUCGAAAAAUUCAAAAGUUGUGAUAAACAACUACUCAUCAAUAAUGAGGGAAUGAAAUUUGUAGAAAGAUUUAAAAAUGGAGAUGUUUUAAAAAAUCCUUCUUUGCUUAAUUGGUUUAUUUUACUAACUUUUGCAGAUAUUAAAAAAUAUCAUUACUAUUAUUGGUUUGCAUUUCCUGUACCUCAAAGUGUGACUAUUGAAAAAGUCAGUUCUUGCAACAUUAGUGAGGAAUUUUCUGAUGAAAUGAUGAUUGACUUUUACAAUGAGUUCAAAAAACUAAACAGCAUUCAGACUAGUUAUUUCGUAACUUUAAAAAUAAACAAUUUGGUAUAUUUAAGCUCUUUAUAUGAAACUUUCAGCGAUGAAUCUGUUUUAAAAGACCGUGAACCAUAUUUUACUUUUCUAAACCUUUCUCCUAGCAGUAAUGUAGGUUCUCAGUUAAGAACAUUUGUGGCUUUUAUAUUGCAUCAUCGUCCAAUUUUAGAAGGUACAAAAGCUAAAUUCUUAGCUCUAAAUUUGAGCAGAGAUAAAACGAAUAUUAGUUUGAAAAAAAGCACUAUAUACACAUUAAAACUACCAGAGGUCAGUAGUAUUGAUAUGUCAACAACUUGGGUAGGCUGGGAGAAAAAUGAAAGAGAUAAUAUGGGACCACGUCUAGCAAAUAUGAAGAACACUUUAGACCCUGCAGUUAUGGCAGAAAUUUCAAAUGACUUAAAUUUAAAACUGAUGAAAUGGAAUCUAUUACCUAAUAUUGAUCUUCAGAAGAUCAAAGCAACAAAGUGUCUUUUACUGGGUGCAGGCACACUCGGUUGUUCAGUUGCAAGGACUUUAUUGGGUUGGGGUAUAAGGAACAUAACAUUCGUAGAUAAUGCUGUAGUGUCUUCUUCAAAUCCAGUAAGACAGAGUUUGUUUACUUUCCAAGAUGCCCUUAAAUCCAAGCCAAAGGCCCAAGCUGCAGCAGAUAGUCUUAAAUUAAUCUGUCCAGGAGUGAAUUCUAAUGGUUAUCAGUUCACCAUACCAAUGCCUGGACAUCCAGUAGGCGAGAGUUUACUUAUGCAAACCAUGGAAGAAAUUGACAAACUUACUGAACUCAUACAAAACAAUGAUAUUAUUUUUCUGUUGUUAGACUCUAGAGAAGGUAGAUGGUUGCCCACACUAAUAGCAGCUUCCAAACAAAAGAUGGUAAUAAAUGCAGCAUUAGGUUUUGAUUCAUAUUUGGUAAUGAGGCACGGAGUAUAUGAACCGAAAAUUCAGGAACCAAAAGCAAUGACUUGUCCUGCUGGAUUCAAAUCGGUAGAUGGAAGAAAAUUGGGUUGCUAUUUUUGUACGGAUAUUGUUGCACCCGGUAAUUCUAUGAAAGAUAGGCCUUUGGACCAACAGUGUACUGUUACUAGACCUGGUGUGUCCCAAAUAGCUGGAGCUUUGGCUGCUGAAUUGUCGCUUUCUUUACUUAUGCACGAAGAACAGAUUGCAGCUCCAGCAUUUUACGUAUCAAAACAAAACGUAAAUGAUCUCGAAAUAGACAAAUUGAACCCGUCCAUACUGGGUCUAGUCCCGCAUUCGAUAAGAGGAUUUAUUUCUUCAUAUGAACAAUUUUCGCCCGCCACUGAAAAAUUCACAAAUUGCGUUGCUUGCUCAGAUUUUGUAGUGAGACAGUACAGAGAUUUUGGCAAGAAAUUUCUCUUUGAAGUGUUUAAUAAUUCCAAACAUUUGGAAGAGGUAGCCAAAGUGCCAAAAUUCGAUGAUUUAAGUGAAUCUGAUAUAUAUGAAACUGGUGUUGACGAAGAAUUCUCAGACUGGGCAAUACAGUGAUACUUUUAAUUCCUGAAAAACGACUUAACAGACAAUGGAAAUUAUUUGAAAUAAAAUAUAUUAUAAAUUAUAUUGAUUUAAUAAAAUUUAUUCAUCAAAGUCUUUA